AAUGCGGUUGAAAUUUUAAAUCUCACUGAGCGCUCAGUAAGUCGGUUAGUUUCAGUCAGUUUAGCGUUGAUGGAGUGAAAAUGACGGAGGAAUCCGCAGUAAAAGUGUGCGUUAGAGUCAGACCUCUUAUUAAAAGGGAGGAGUCUGAAAGCCCAGAGCCAGUGCAGCUCUACUGGAGAGCCGACAAACAGGCCAUCCAUCAGCUGGAUGAUGAUGGAGCUCAAACUAAGAGCUACAGCUUCGACCGUGUGUUCAGUGCUGAAGAGACCACUGCUCAGCUCUACCAGGACAUUGCAAAGCCACUGGUCGUGUCAGCAGUUGAAGGCUAUAACGGCACGAUAUUUGCCUACGGACAGACAUCUUCUGGAAAGACCUUCACCAUGAUGGGAAGGGAACAUAACCCUGGAGUGAUUCCUCUUGCCAUGGCUGAUGUCUUCAAAACUAUUAAAAAUUGUCCAAAGAAAGAGUUUCUCCUGCGUGUGAGCUACAUGGAAAUCUACAAUGAAACAGUCACAGAUUUGCUCUGCGAGAGCUGGAAAAGAAAACCUCUGGAAAUCCGUGAAGGGAACUACAAAAACGUGUAUGUGGCUGAUCUGACAGAAGAGCUGGUGACGUCUCCGGAACAAGCCCUGUCCUGGAUCACCAAAGGAGAAAAAAACCGACAUUAUGGAAAAACAAAAAUGAACCAGCGUAGCAGCCGCUCUCACACCAUCUUCCGCAUGAUCUUGGAGAGUCGUGAGAGAAGUGACCCGGCGUCCGGUGAAAACGCUGAUGGAGCCAUCAUUGUGUCACACUUGAACUUGGUGGAUCUUGCUGGUGCUGAGCGGGCGAGUCAAACAGGAGCUGAGGGAGCCCGCUUUAAAGAAGGGUGCAACAUAAACCGCAGUUUGUUCACUCUCGGUCAAGUCAUUAAGAAAUUAUCCGAUGAGAGUCAGAAGGGCUUCUUAAAUUACAGAGACAGUAAACUGACCCGGAUCCUUCAGAACUCUUUGGGUGGCAAUGCCAAAACUGUCAUUAUUUGCACCAUCACCCCAGCCACUGUCGACGAGACUGUCAGCACUUUACAGUUUGCUAGUGCUGCCAAGCGCAUGAAGAACGACCCUCACGUCACAGAGGUCUCUGAUGAAGGAGCUCUUUUGAGAAGAUACCGCAAUGAGAUUGUUGAUCUCAAACGACGUCUGCAAGAGGUUUCCUCUGUCACACAAACAACUGCGACUGAGCGAGAAUCCCUGUGUCAGCUUCUGCAGGAGAAAGACCAGCUCCGGAGAGAGCAGGAGGACAGGAUUAAGAACCUAACCAAGCUACUAGUAACUGCCUCAAAUGUGGCCCUAAUCCCUAAG